GCAUAAAAUCAUAAUCCUAUCUAAUUUCGUAGGAACUCCUGUCAGUUCAGCCCCGAAGGCAACUUGCGCCCGUGGCUGGUGGGAUCUGCAAGUGACCAUAAGGCGUUCAACGGGCCACACAGAGGCUUUCUCAGCCCCGGCUUGGCCCAGAAGCUCCGCUGCGUUCGCGAUCUAAGAAUUAGUGCUCUCGUCGAAGGACGACCACCUGUCCAUUAUUUGCUUGAUUUGUUAUUAUCGUCCCGUAUUAUUCUCAUUAUCCAAUCUUCCAUUCAUUUACCGACUAUGCCUUCUUCGUCCAGACUGUUUGAUUGAUCAUUGGCCCCAAUUUUAAACGUUCCGUUCCGACCGAUACCAACCAGUCCUUUUUCCCUGUACCUUUUUCCCCUAAAAUUAAUUUAAUCUAGAGAGAAGAAAGAGGAAGACAGCGAAAAAAAGGACGAUUUCUCCCCGGACGGACUCAGGAUCGGGAGAUAUUUAGCAACAGCCCCCAACACUUCGAUAGGAACCGAAAUUUGUUCUCCGCGACUGAUUGAUCGUCUCCGAUUCAACGACCCCCAUCGUCGAAUAAAUCAUCUUCGCUUUACGUCUCGAGCUGUUUCUUGCGGCCUGGCGAUGUCUGCGUUUGGUUAGCGAUUCGAUUCUGUGCCCAUGAUGGCUUCCAAUAGCCAUGACCGCGGCCCCCACGAAGACAGCUUUUCGUCAGAUCAUUCAAUCCCCUUACAAGACCUCUCCGGCCCGCCGGAUAUCGGGAGACAUGAAGAGGUGGGAAGCAGGUUUCUGCCGGGGCGAUCGUUGACCAGAAGAGGCCGGUCGGAGACGAAUUACGCGAGGAUAGCGGAGGAUUCUCCGGUCGACAGCACGACAGCUGCAGGAACUGCGCGCCGCCACCGUCAGGGCUCCGAUGCCCACGAUGCCUUCCCCGAUGACCCAGGGGCCUUCGCGGCCGCCAUGUCCUCCGUCGGAAUCAGUUUCAGCGGACCUCCGGACCACCCUGCCACUCGCAGCCGUGACGACCUCGAUACCAUUCCCUUGGACAGCUUCGGUCUGCAAGAGCCCGCGCAUACCCUCACCCCUAGCGUUUCGUAUAGCGACACCGCGCCCUUGACGAAUAUCGGAAAUAUUCAACCUAUCAGCGGGGCGAUCCCCGAUCGCGGGCGACAGAAUGACAGGCACAGCGCGCAGACCGUUCAUUUCCCCGACGACGGCCAUACGGGGGCGCGCUUGGGUGACGAUCUACACAAUCUGGAAGGUGGACUGGGUGGGAGGAGUCGCGGUGGGAGCAAUGCGACUGAGAGGGGUCGCUCGCUGUCUCCGUCGGCGUCGGGUUCUGCUCUAAUGCGGGCCAGCUCGAUGAUGAAGUCCAUGUCCCAGCGUGUCGUCAACCUCAGUAACGAACCGGAGGUAGUGGAACAAUCGAUCCAGAGGGAAGAGUCCCACAAGAAUUCGCGGCUCGAAGAACCGCCGUCGCUUCCUUCGCUGCCGGAUUACGCGCACGAUGCACCUCCGACGCCCGAGCUGAACGGCCGGGUCAAAAGAGAGAAGUCGACCGCCAGUAAGGCGUGGAGAUCUCUCAACAAUCCGCUUAGGGGGAAGUCUCUCGGCAUCUUGGGCCCGGAUAACCCUCUUCGCGUGCGACUUUGUGAUAUCCUAGUUCACCCUUUCACCGAGCCAUUCAUUCUCGUCGUGAUCAUCAUCCAAACCAUCCUACUGACGAUUGAAACGUCAAUGUCAGACUGGCACAGCGCCGGGAAUUGGGGUGCUAGUGUGAUGGAUUACCCCUACUUUGCUAUCUUUGUCAUUUACACACUCGAACUGAUUGCCAAAAUUCUGGUGUCGGGCUUCAUCAUGAAUCCUACAGAGUACAGUACAAUAGACCGAUCGCUAGGGUUUCGAAAAGCCGUAAAAGAGAAAGGAAAGAACCUCAUCGCUCCACAGCGACAUCCGUCGACGAGAAAACCAUCGCCAGCCCCGGAGCAUCCCCAGGCCUCGAUUAUACGCACCUUCACCGGCGGGCUGAAUCAAGUCGAACAAACCCUAGCCGAUGAUCCUCUCCAGAAGCGUCGGGUGAGACUCGCUCAUCGGGCCUUUCUUCGACAUUCGUUUAACCGUCUCGACUUUGUCGCCGUGGUGGCGUACUGGGUUGCUUUCUUGUUGUCCGUGUUUGGGGUCGAGACCGCCCAGCAACUCUACGUCUUUCGAAUGCUUAGCUGUCUGCGUCUUUUGCGUCUCCUUGCGUUGACGAAUGGUACAUCUAUCAUUCUUCGAAGUCUUAAGAAAGCUGCCCCCUUGAUGGUUCACGUUGCCUUCCUGGUAGGCUUUUUCUGGCUUCUCUUUGCUAUUGUCGGCAUCCAAAGUUUUAAGUCAAGUUUCGGAAGAACUUGUGUCUGGCGUGGCGUUGACGGCCAGGAAGAUUUUCCGUUGAAUGAUCCGGACGGCACUCUCCAAUUAUGUGGUGGAUAUCUCGACCCCAUCACCGGCGACAAGAAGCCAUGGAUCGACAGGAACGGCUAUGAGGCCAACGCGAAACCGAAAGGCUAUAUCUGCCCGAAAGGAUCGGAAUGUGUCGAAGACACCAACCCUUACAGUGGAACCAUGAGCUUCGAUAGCAUUCUCUACUCUUUGGAACUCGUUUUUGUCAUCAUGAGCUCGAACACGUUCACGGAUCUUCUCUACUACAUGACCGACAGUGAUUAUCUUGCUGCCGCCCUCUUUUUUGCUUUCGGAUUUCUCAUUCUAAGUUUAUGGAUGGUGAACUUGUUGAUUGCCGUGAUCACGCAUACUUUUCAGGUCAUCCGAGAAGAAAGUAAACGGAGUGCUUUCGCCGUGGAUAAAGUAGGCACGGCGGAGAAGGAGGAGCAAUCAUCUCCGAAAAUGAGCCAAUUUAGGCGCCUAUAUAACAAGACCGACUGGUUUUGGGUCACCGUGAUCCUUUUCGGUCUCAUCGUACAGGCAUUGAGGAGCGCUUCCAUGUCAGAUGAUCGAGAAAAGUUUAUCGACAUCACGGAAACGGUAGUCACCUUUACGUUGCUGGUAGAAAUCAUCCUGCGCUUCGCAUCCGACUGGCGCAAAUUUCAUCAGCAUCGGCGCAACUGGGCGGACUUGUUGUUAGUCGUCAUCACCUGUAUUAUUCAAAUUCCCGUCAUCAAACACUCUGGAAGGGCUUACUCGGUCCUUACUCUCUUCCAGAUCCUUCGGGUGUAUCGGGUGGUGCUGGCUUUCUCCGUGACGAGAAAUUUGAUUCAGGUCGUCUUCCGCAAUGCCAAAGGUCUGAUGAACUUGAUUGUAUUUGUGUUCCUGAUCACAUACCUUGCGGCUAUCUUCGCCACCCAGCUCUUUCGCAGUCAGCUUCUCGACGUUGAUGACGCCGACAUCAAUUUCAAAAACAUUUACAAUUCCUUCCUGGGGAUGUAUAUCAUCCUGUCCAGUGAAAAUUGGACCAGUAUGCUCUACAAUGCUACAUCCUACACCUAUGAUUACCGUACCGCCUGGAUUUCCGCCACUUUCCUCAUCAUCUGGUUUGUCGUGGCCAACUUUGUCACCUUGAACAUGUUCAUUGCAGUCAUCCAAGAGAGUUUCGAUGUGUCGGAAGACGAGAAGCGCGUCCAACAAGUCAGAGCAUUCCUGGAGCAAAAGCACGUCAGUGGGAACUCCCAGGGGAACCUUUCCCUAACCAAGAUACUCAUGAUGGGCCGGGACUCGGAUCGUUACAAAGACCCCCUUGACUACGGGCCUGCGGCUCUGGAAAUGCUGCUCAAAGAUGCAGUCGUCCAAGAUUUCCUGGACGAGCAGGAAGGGGUUGCCGAAAACCGCCGAAGUCGUUAUAUGGAGGCCACGGCCACGGCCCCGGCAGAGACCGAGGAGCCGGGCGUGUUUGCGCGCAUGUGGACGACCGCGACGUCAUGGAUCACACGUAAAGAGCCCAAUCCAUUCUACUCCAAGCUGAAGUUCUCCCGCGCCUAUGAAGAGUUGGAUCCCCGGGCCAUGGCCCAGGAGGUCGUAUCUGCGGCCGAACAAAGGAAGCGAGCGCAGCGAGAAUACCUUAUGCGGCACCCGAAUUACAACAAAUCCCUGUUUCUUUUCGCGCCGGACAACCCCAUACGCCGAGUGUGUCAGCGCAUUGUCGGGCCUGGACGAGGACACCAGCGUGUUGAAGGCGUGGAUCCGUACAAGCCGGUGUGGUACUCAUUCUCUGCCUUCGUCUACGCCGCUAUCGUUGCCAUGGUGUUGCUUGCGUGUAUCACUACCCCUAUCUAUCAACGGGACCACUUCCGAAAUGACCGAGACUGGUUCACCUAUACCGACAUGGGAUUCGCCAUUCUAUUCACCAUCGAAGCCAUGAUCAAAGUCAUCGCAGACGGGUUCUUUUGGACGCCAAACGCUUACUUCCGUGGGUCCUGGGGAUUCAUUGACGGUAUCGUGCUCGUGACUCUUUGGAUCAACGUGGUCAGUUCGGUGUUCGAGGACUGGGGAGUAUCUAGAGCCAUCGGGGCUUUCAAGGCGCUGAGAGCGCUAAGGUUGCUGAACGUGAGCGACAGUGCCAAGAACACCUUCCACUCCGUUAUCAUUGUGGGAGGGUGGAAAGUUAUUGCUGCCGCGUCCGUUUCGAUGAGUUUUCUCAUCCCGUUCGCUAUCUAUGGAGUCAACUUGUUCAACGGCCAAUUGGUGCAGUGCAAUGAUGACGACUUCGAGGGCAACUUGGAUUACUGCGUGAACGAGUACAUCAGCACGCCUUACAAUUGGGAGGUGCUUGCGCCUCGGACGGCUGCUAACCCCUACUACGAUUUCGACAAUUUCGGAAAUUCACUCUUCAUCCUGUUUCAGAUUGUCAGUCAGGAGGGCUGGACAGAUGUCCUCUCAAGUUCCAUGAGCAUUACCAGCGUAGGUGAGCAGCCCGAGGACUACAUAGCGCCGGAAAACGGGCUCUUCUUCGUUGUGUUCAACUUGCUUGGUGCUGUCUUCGUCUUGACGCUGUUCGUGUCUGUGUUCAUGCGAAAUUACACGGAACAAACUGGCGUGGCCUUUUUGACGGCGGAGCAGCGGUCCUGGCUCGAAUUGAGGAAGCUUCUCCGUCAGAUCUCUCCUUCUAAACGCUCGUUCGAGACCUCCAGCCACAAGUGGAAGAUGUGGUGUUAUCGGGUCGCUGUCAAGAAACAUGGACGGUGGGCUAGAUGCAUUACUACCAUCUUGAUGCUUCAUCUCUUGCUGCUUGUUCUGGAAUACUAUCCUGAGCCGAAGUGGUGGGAUUUGGCUAGAGGUGAGUUAUCCCCUCAACAACGUUUUCUUUCCAAGAUUGCAGUUUGCUGA